CCUAGCUCUAGAGGUUUUUUCACUCUUUCCGGGGGUGAAACAACAAGUUUAGUUUGAGCAUAGCAGAAGUUCUGGUACCGUUUUACGCUUUUGGGGGUUUUUCCCCCCUCAGUCCGCUGUGGGAGAAUGUGCUAAAGAAGUUUUACCUCAGGGUUUGGCUCUCGUUUGAGCUGAGAGGCGUGCAUGCAGACCUAGAAGCACAGGCAGAGGGGCAGACCGCGGGAAAAUGUCGUGAUUUCCUGUGCAAUAAAGUCUUGGCGCGGCAUUACAGGUGUAAACAACAGGAGGCCACAACAGCAAUACGCAAGUAUUCUUUAAGAAACUGAGCCACGGGGAUAUUUGACGAGAUGGAGAACACUGACACCAGUCAUGCAUCUGGUCGCUUCGUACCUGAAGUCAGUGAAGAGUCUGUGGAUAUAUACGAUGGCCUGGAUAUUGGUUUUAGCAGCAAUGCAGAGGAGCCUCCUUCUGUUGGUUCUCAGUUGAAAGAGUCGAUGGAUCUGUAUGAAGAAAUUGUGACAGAGGAACAGCAGAGCAGAGAGUCAUCAUACAUUGAGUUGAAGUCCAGAUUCCAAGCAGCCCAAAACCACAUUAAAGAAUUACACAGGAGACUGGAGCAGUUGGAGUUACAGAAUACAGGUUUGAGAACAGAGAACAGCUGUCUCAAAAAAAACAUCUCUGCGCUUUUACAAACAGCUAGAAAGGAAGUGACGCGAAAAGAUGCAGAGAUUCAGAGGCUGAGUCAGUGGUCUGAGAGAGUGCGCCAUCAUUAUCCAUCUCACAUAAAAAAUUUGCCGGAUCCAAAUUCUUCCAGUCACAGCUCUACAAGUAGGGUGGCUUCUCCUCCACCGCCAUCCAAUCCUCAUUUUCCACCUCUACCUAAAUCACCUUCCAGAGUGAACCAGCCUCCAAGGGAUGGACCUCAAUCCAUAAGGAAAGAAAGUGAUAGUUUACCCAGGGCAUCAAAAGCAUCUUGUCAUAGCCAUUCAAAAAAAGACUCUGAAGUAACUGACAAACAGACGGAGUCAGAUAAACAAAAAUCCAGUCGCGGAGAACACAAACCUCAAAGUCACAAAUCCGAGUCAGUGAAUAGGAGACAUAAAAGUGUUUCAGAUCCUAAUAGUGACUAUCAUCCUCAUGAGCAAAACAGGUCUCAUAGAGCAGACAAAGACAUGGGACAACGGUAUGAUUCAAGGUCAUGUAGAAGAAAAAGCUACCCAUGUGAGGAGCGCCACAGAUCAGAUAGGGCUAAAUCCUCACCAGAGAUUUUGCAAAGUGCACCUUCAUCUGAUAACAAAAAAGAUGGCAGGAGACAAGAUAAAGGUAAACUGACUGCCUCAGACCCUAAACAUGGUACAUGUCUCGACUCAAAAGGGCACUACAGUCGAGCACUUCAGAAAAUCAAGAUUACUGGUGGAUCUUCCAGAAGUUACAAUUCAAAGGACUGGAAAAAGUCUUCUGUAAGUCAACAUGCCGUACACUGUAGAGAUUCUUCCAAAGAGAGGGAAGGGGCUAGACAGAGAGAUUAUCAAUGGAAAGGGGAGAGACAACAUAAAGGCAAAAUCAGCAAAAAUGAUACGAAGAACAGUCAGUCACAAACACGCACAGAACGUGAGAAACUCAGAACCAAGGAAUCAAGUAAAGGUAAAAUAGAUAUCUGUGACAAGGACAGACGGGAAAAGACUAGCAAGGCCUUUAAAAGAUCAUUUGAAAAAGACAACAUGAGCAAGAAAAACUCUUUUGAGGAAAGUAGUCCAAACAGGAAACUCUGCUUUAUGGAAACACUGAAUUUAACCCUUUCACCGAUUAAGAAGCCAAUGUUAUCCACCGAUGGGAGCCAGAAAGACCCUGUACCAAUGGACAGGGAUGUUGAAAAUGGAUCAGAUGAGGACAAUUUGCAGCCUAACAUUGAAGACAUGUGUGUCAUUGAUGACAUAGAAAACAGUGAAUUAGGAGGGGAGUUGAGAGAGAUUGCAGAGCAAUCUUUGAAUAACCACAAAGCUUUAAGUUUUGAGAAGACUCUUGAGGCAUCAGAUGUGGUAGUUAUCCAGGAAAAAGACAAAGGCUGUAGUGAAACUCUCACAGCUGACAUUUCAGUCCAGACUGUCUCAGCUCACAGCCAGCCCUUGGAUACUGCAGAGAAGCAGACGCCUACACAUCCCACAGCAAAAUCACCAGAGAAUGAUUACCUAAAACCAGAUAUGUCAAAAAGUCAUCAAGAAAAUAUUGAGCCAAUCUCUGACAGCAAGGCAGCUGAAUGUCAAAUGGUGAAAGCCACAGAUGGUAUAGAUCCCAUUGACAAGUCUGAAAGCAUUUCUGAACAGAGCGCAAGCUAUGACCUACAAAAAGUUUACUGUGAAAAUAAUGCUGAUUUAUGUGCUUCUGGUACAAAAUCUACUGUGGUUGAUUCAAGUGUAGAGACUCUUGAAACUACAGCACAGCAGAGCAUCGCUCAGGAUUCAGAUACAGGUGCUGAUUCAUCGCACCCAAAGAAAACAAAUACUCCCAAAGCCGAAGCCAUGGCUGACAAAGCCAGUCCUGAAAGUCAUCACAGCCCCCUCACUGUCAAGUCUCAGGUUGGUCAACAAGGUUCUCCUGCUUCUUCUAAUUCCAUUCAUAUGAAGGAUAAUUGUCAAACGGAGGACUGUCGUAAAGACACAGAUGCUGUCUCCAGUACAAUCAGCCUGGAAUCCCUUCCACAAGAAGGGUUGAGUUUAACAGAGGCUAUUUACGUUUUAACACAGACUGAUGAAGACUCCAGAGACAGUAGUACCAGCACAACUGAGCCCAGCUCUUCGACCGGCUGUAUUGGAGUGUCCAAAGUUAGCAGUACAACACAGGAGAAGACCCAACCAGAGAGUUACACUGACGUUACUGUCACACCGAACAAGCACUUCAGUCCUAAAAAGGGACAGGAAAAUAAGUUCAAGUGUUCGAGCUCGGUGCCAUUACUACAUGAUGAGGACUCUAUGAUGCGCACAUUGAGCAGUCUGAAGAAAAUCCCUGAUGCCAUCAGUCCUUUGAGGAGUCCAGUACGGGUAAUCAAGAGAAGUCUUCUCCAUGUGCAUGGCAAACCUGGUCAUGUAAAGUGCCUUCAAAAAGAUUUUUCCAGUACACCCGUUGAUGCCAGUUCAAAGAAGUUGGAUGUAAACAAAGAGAACAAAUAUCCCGGUUCUCCUGCAAAACGAGAUGCACUUAACUUGGUGGAUAAGGUGUCUGACCUGCCUUCAGCUCGUUCUGACACAGAUCUAGAGGAAGGAGAAAUUUUAAGUGAAAGUGAUGAGGUGUCUGCAAGUUCACCUGCUGCUGCAACAAGGAGGGCAAAGCUGGUACAGCCAGUCACAAAUAAAUCAAGUCCUAAGUCUGCUUUAAAUAAGAAAUUUGCAGAAAGGCGGGUUGCUUCUAAAGAAAGUCAUGACAUAUCAGGUGUAACAACACAAAGUCCAAAAAGUCGUUUUAAAACAGUUUGUCCUGCAGCAAGCAAAGCUGCUUUUUGCACCAUAGAGGAAAUAAUGGAGACAUUCCAGCUAGUUCGCACUGAGAUCCGAAAAAAGUAUAUGAAGCUUCAUAAAACCUUUCCCAAAAAGAGCUUCUAUGGAAUGAUGGAAAAUUUCCAAAGGUCUUUUUUAGAGUUUGUGGAUGGUGCUCAUUUUGGUCAGAUAUGUGAUCAACCAGGGGAGCUUAAGUCCAAGCUGAAGAAACUAAUUGAGUCUGUGUUUGGCAAAGUGUCAAAUAACGGUAUUGUAAAGCGAAUUUUUGAACAACAAGCAGUGGAUCUGAAGCAAAAGCUGUGGGAUUUUGUGAACGUCCAAGUUGACUACUUGUUUGUGGACAUUCACACAACCCUGAAGGGCCUUUGCAAAGCCUCAAGAACUCAGCCUGAGGACAAGCGGUCCAGUGAAGGUGAAAAAGUAUCUCAGCAGCUUCCUGCAAGGACGCCAUCGCGUGAGUCGGACCAAGUACAGCCAGCUUCCACCAUCCUGAAUCAGACCAAGUCUUGUGCUGUGGUUCCUUAUAAAACAGGCCUUGGAAGUAGAGGCAAGGAUAUCAGAAUCACACACUUGGAGAAAGACAGGACUGCUGCGUCCCAUCCACUGAACCCCCCACGUACACAACCUAUUGAUGAGUUUCUUCCUCCUAAAAAUCCGCCUUCAACUCCUGAAAAAAAUAACCUGUCUUCUUUGGUGGUUGCUCAGAAUGGCUCUUUUGACAAAACUGACUUUGAGCUACUCACAGAACAGCAAGCCUCUAGUUUAACAUUCAAUCUGGUAAGAGACUCUCAAAUGGGAGAAAUAUUCAAGUGUCUUCUGCAAGGAUCUGACUUGUUAGAAAACAGUGGUAUCGCUGGAGAAAAUAGUGCCUGGUCCCUCAGUACUCCGAGGAAGGAUGGAGAGAGAUUCAUCAGUAUCCACACACCAUCAAAAUCUCCAUCUAAGCUGCUUUCCCCAAACAAAUUUGAUACCCCUUCUAAACUUAUUGCUACCUGGGCUAGCAUUUCACCUCGCAAAAUGUCCUCCCCCCACCCGAAAGAUCAGGCCACACUGAACCCGGCUUUACUUGAUGAAAAUUGUCUGUUAGAAGUUCCAUCAGAAAACAGAGCACUGACCAGCUUGGCCUCACAGAAGUCAUAUUCACUUUUAGCUGAAGACUUGGCUGUGUCCCUCACCAUUCCCUCACCUCUGAAAUCUGACAGCCACCUCAGCUUUUUACAGCCAACCAGCCCGAGCAUGCGCACCGUGUCCACUCCCGAGAACGUCAUCAGCGCCCACAUAUGCGAGGAUGCCCUGCUGGAUGGGGAGGAUGCCACGGAGCACGACAUUCACUUGGCUCUUGACACUGACAACUCCAGCUGUGGCUCCAGCAGCAGCUCGGCCUCACAAACACCUGCCACAUCUUUUGUGUUGAAACCUGAUAUGACCAUGCAGGCACUGGUGACGGAAAAGUCCAACGAUCAUUUCAUUGUGAAGAUCCGGCAGGCAAACCCAGGAGCAGAUAGCACUCUGACUGCUGAUGAGAGUUUAAGUGAAACACUAAUAGAUGAGCAGCACGCAGAACAUGACAGUGCAGCUCAGGAUAGUGGAGCUGAUGUUUCAGACAAGUUGCAGAACGCUGUACCUUCAGAGCGCAGUCUCUUUAACCUCGCUGAAGGCUCUGCUUCCUGUUCAGCUGACACUGAAUCCAGCAACUGUCUCACUCAAGUUAAGAACUUAACACUAUUAAAGGAUCAGUUAGAAAAUAUGUCAACUCAACAAAAUACCUCAAAAGACACUUUUUCCAAGGAGAGUCUGAAAAAUCUGCCUGAAAGUUCUCCUUCAGAUAACAGCUCAAAUAAUGAGAGCGCUGGCCAGACACAUUUCAGAGAAGAAAACAUAACCCAAGAAAUCCCUUCAAAAACUCUCUUAUGCAAGUCGCAGAACAAAAUCAUUCCCUCUAGAUGUGCUUUGUCAAAUAACAGUCGACCAUCAGAAAGCUCUCUCACAAAUCAAAAGAGCCAAGAACUGUUUUCACUUGUUUCAGACUCAGAGAGCAAUGAUGUGGACAUUUCUGAGUCAGACAAGAGCCUCACCAUAGCAGAGGCCACAAGCAGCUCACCAGAAAAAGAGCAGAGGGAUUCUAACAAAGGUCGGAAACGAAAGAAGCACCAAGAGAAGUCAAAAGCUAAGAGGAUCAGGAAGGAAACAAAGGAAAGUACAGAGGAGGUUGUGUGUCCUUCCAAGGAAGCUGAUGAAGAUUCCAAAUCUUUUUCCAUGGCAUGUCUGUCCCCCAGCAGUUUGUCUGCCAAGAAUGUCAUUAGGAGGAAGGGUGAGGUGGUGAUGGCAUGGACCAGAGAUGAAGAUAGAGCUAUUCUCAUGGACAUGAAGACAAAAGGUGCGUCACGUGAGACUUUCUCUGCUCUGUCAGAGAAACUGAACAAGCCAUCGGGCCAGAUUGCUCACAGGUUUUACCAGCUCAUGAAGCUUUUUAAGAAGAUGGAUGCCUGAUGUCUCUGAGUGUGUGAGCAAACGGUUCUUGUAUUGGAGCAUUUCCACACAUGCACUGGUACUUUUAAGAUGAUAUGAUUCAGGAACACAUGCUGAUGGUUUUAUCACCAUACAGAUCUGUCAAGAUCUGGAGCCAUGUAUUAACCAUCAACUAUGAGCAGUAUUGACAAAAGUCAAGCUUCUAUUGAGCACUCACUCGUUUGAUUAGAAGCUUGACUAAAACUCAAGUUUAUUAUAAGGCUGGAAAUCCACUGUAAUGUAUUAUGUUAUAUAUACAGAACUAUACCCGCACAUACUUUUGAAAAGGAACUCAAAAGAUAGAUUGAAGGGUGGAACAUCCAGUUUAUAUAAAUAUGGUCCUUGUUUUGGUGUUCACUGCUACAGGCACCAGCUCUGCAUAUUUGCUGAUGCCACACAAGGACAUGAAUUGGGACACGGUGCACCAUCUCCUUUUACCUUCCUGUUGUGGCUUUUGCAGAUAUUGCAUAUCUCAAAAGUUAUGUUAAUUUCAUGCCUGUUCCUGAAUUUAUGUUUUUCUCUAAAGAUUUGAGGAAAACUAACCUUAAACUAAGAAAAUUUCUGGUUCCAAAACAAGUAUUCUCACUUUAUUUUGUAUAUCGAGUGAGAUUUUUUUGGUUACAAUUUGACUCAAUUUGUCAUUAAACCUGGAGUUAUAGGGCUCACAGUUUUGGCUUUUUUACUUGGAGUCUGUGUUAAAUUUUGGAUAUUGUUUUAAUGGAUGUUUGUGUGCAGGAAGGUCUUCAUACAUUUUGAAGGUUAUAAGUUUACAUGUCUGCUCCAAGUACAGGACAAUACAUCAGUACAUUACAGAUCCCUGUUUGCGUGUUUGUGUGUGUGUGUGAUAUAAAAUAUGAUGAACCCUUUUAUCUGUGAGCCUUUGGCAUGUAGUUUGUUAUUCCUAAUGAAAACUAUGUAAUGACAUAUUGAAAAUAAUUCUUUACUGAAAAUAAAGUUUUAUUUAUUUAA